UGCAAACACAACUUUUAACGAAUUUUGUCUCACAUUUAUUUCCCAUACUUUCCGAGACAAGGCAUCUGAAUUUUAUAAAACUGUUUUCAAAAUUUGUUGCUUUUGAUGUUUCGGUGGCGUCGGCUGAGUCGACGGCGUCAUUAUAUCGAAUAUGAAAAAAAAAAUAAAGGCAACUAAAAAUCGUGUUUACUUUUUACUUAGCGGAACGACCAAAGCUUUAACAAUUUUUUGUGUGGAAAAAUUGUGAAUAAAAAGCAUAACAAGGAAAAUCGUGGAAAAGCAGGAUUUUAUUGCUACAUAAAGAUUAAAAGCAUUUAAGAGUGUAUAUUCACAUAAAGGAAGACGUAGGGAGUUCUAUAUUGACUUUCUGAGUAAAUAUAUUCAAAACUCAUAUUUUUUUGGCAAACAGCGCAAUGGAAUCACCACCAAUGUUUAACAGUGUUGAGGAUGAAUGUCGGUAUUGGAAAGAACGUGCUAAACUCUAUCACAAAGAAUGGACAGAUGUGAAGCAAGAAUAUGAUGAAUAUGUGGAACAAUCGCGACAAAUGGAAGCAGAAAUGGAUGCUACACUUGAUCAAAAACAGAGUAUAAUCAAAGAUCUCAGCUUUACACUUUCCUCAUUAGAGAAAGAAAAUGAAUCAUUGAAGCUCAAACUACAAUCUCAUGGCAUUGAAUUAGCCAAUACAGAACGACAAAUGGAAAAUUUGAAAACCGAGCGCGAUUCUCUCAAAGUGUACCUGCGACAAUUGGAACAGAAAAAUGAUGAUUUAGAGCGAGCACAUCGCAUACUCAAUGAAAGCAUUGCAGAUUUUGAAAGAAUGUUAGAUAAAGCAUAUGAAAAAAAUGCUCUACUUGAAAUGGAAGUGGAUGAAAAGGAAAUGCUACAGGAAAAGCUACAGAGACUUAUGGAUGAAACAAGAGACUUAAAACAAGAACUGAAUGUAAAAACGCGUAACCCAUUAAAUGGUUCAGUUAGUAAUAUAUCUGAAUCGACAACACUUUCGGCAACUAUAGCAAAUGGCGCUGUAAAUAACAGUGAUAUUGCCCAUGAAGAAAGCAGCCUCAACAAUACCAGUCUCCACAAUACCAGUCUCCACAAUACCAGCCUUACAAAUAAUCUAAACAACAGUCCAGCAGUUAUUCCCAAUUAUGGUGAACAACAUUCGUUGAAAAAAAACCCCUUUUCAGAUUCAACAAAUUUACUCAAUGGCAACGCAAUGACGCCCAGCUCUCGUACAUCUGCACUCAACAUUGUUGCAGAUAUGCUAAGGAAAUUGAAUUUGGAUAAGGCACUUUUAUGCCCUCUGUGUGAAAGGUUUCGUUGUAUCUGUGAUCGUUCAGUUCGUGCUGCUGCUGACUCUACAAGCAGCUGUGCCUCCACACCAACGACCGAUAAUGUAGGUCGUCAUAGACGGAGUGUAACAAAUACUUUUGGCAGCAAUAAUUCCAUGGACACAAACGCUACAGUGACCUCCACAAACACGUCCUACACCGAUUCCGACGCCGAUGUCCCUGAAGUGUCUUUACGACGAAUCGCCAGUCGUAGCAAUUCGAGUCUAAAUUUUGGUACAAAUAUAUUUAAGCGCUUUGCGGAUCGCAUGAGCGGCGGAAAUAGCAUUUCUCCGAGCUCUACUAAACCACCUAUGCGCACAUUAAAUAAAAAUAUUUCCAAAUAAGUACAAAAA